AUGUCGUCUCCUGUCGUGCCGACACCUUCGAUCCCCAAGGGCGGCCUCUUCACCGUCCAGGCCGAAGCACGCAUCGCCUGUCCGGCUCAGACCGUCUUUGCCAUCCUGCUCGACACUGCCAACUACGUCUGCUGGAACUCGUUUGUUCCAGAGGUCACUAUUGUCCAGUCGCCUGUCUCGGACGGCUCCGGCUUGGUCUUGGCCGUUGGCGCACGGCUGGAUUUCCUCGUCAACAUGGAGCCGUCUAUCCCGUCGAGCUUCUGGAACAAGAUGCGCAUCGCUGGGCUCGAGGUGACCUGCCUGGACUCGCACCGGGUCUGUUGGCGAAGCCAUUUCGGCUCGUCGCUGCUCCAGACUGCCGAGCGGGUCCAGCUCGUCGAGGACGACGGCGCCGGCGGAUGUCGAUACCUCACCUGGGAGACCUAUCAAGGCCCGCUUGCCUACCUCGUUCAAUACGUGCAUGGGGAUCGGCUCCAGGCCCGCUUCCAGGACUGUGCAAACGAUCUGAAGCGAUACGCCGAGUCCGGGUCGCAGCAGUGA